AUGGUGGUCAAUAUUAUAUUCGGCCAGCGCAUCAUCCGGUCCAUACACCCGCACUUCGGAUGGCAUCCGGCCCUGCGCGUCUUCACCCUCUUCUUCCUCUUCUCCGUGCCGGCCGUCGUCCUUCUCAACAGCACCUCCAUCGGCGUCUCCUUCUUCAAGAUUGAGGACCAGGACCGCGUCGACACCGCCCUCAACCUUCUCAAGGCUGGCGUCUCCUGGAUCAUGCUGCUCGCCGUGCUCCCCGUCAUCGGCGUCAUCGUGGCUUCCACAAUCCCGGGGCCCCGGCCCGAGCGAUUCGGCCAGGGCGACACUCACCAGAAGAUCGCCGUGCUCCUUAUCGGCGCCACGCUGCUCAUCGCGGGCCACGCCGUCCGGCUCGCGGCGACGCUGAACCCGGAGCCGCCGACGUCGACGAACAAGCUCUUCAGCAAAGAGGUCUUCUACACCACGGGCUUCAUGUUCGAGAUCUUCGUUGUCGUCUUCUACGCCGUCAUCCGCGUCGACCUGCUCUUCCACGUGCCCAACGGCUCCAAGGGGCCCGGCGACUACUCGCGCAAGCCGAAGCCUGGUGAAGAGGACUACGAGGCCGCGCUCCUCACCAGGGAGGAGAUUGAAGACGAGCUCAUCGGGCUCGGGCACCCGUACGAGGUCGUCGACUCGUCCGGCCUCGGCCGGGAUGGCUCCGGACGCACUAUUGUCGCCUUUAGCACAAGGCGCGUGAACGGCGAGAAGCCGGUCGUGCUGCCGCCGCGACCCGAGGCGUACAGCCGUGUCCGGUCGAUCCGGGGAUCCGUGAGGUCCAUGAGGGGCUCGCUUCGGUCCGCCCGGGGCGGUCUCUCGCGAAUGGUGCCGACGAGGAUGUCGUCGACGCCGUACCUGAAUGAGGUCGAGGUCGGCCGCCCCGAGAUACGGGAGAACCCUUUCGGGACGCCGCCGGUCAGCCACUACGGCGUGGCGCAGCCGCUGUUCAUCCAGUCGAGGUUCAGCAGGUAUACGGACCCCGAGGAUGAGAGGUCGCACCUGCGGCCGGAGAGCCAAGCGACGUCCGGCGAGAUCCCGCUCAGUCUGGACCGGGAAGGCCUCGGGCCGUACGAAGGACGACCGUUGGCGCGGUCGUCGGUGCAAAAGUUCACCAUCCUCGAGAGGGAGGGUGGUUCUCUGAGAUAA